UUGUUCUUAUAGGUUAAAUUAUAUUAGCUGUAUCCUUAAAAGUGGUAGUCUCUUCGUUUUGAACAUUUUAUCCAAAUUUAAACACCAAUCCAUAUCAGGUCCUCAUCAGCAGUGACAGCGCUCUGCUGCUUCCUGUGCUACCAGCUAGUUCCUCAUUAAAUACUUCGAAAGAUCCGUUCAAGUUAACCACGUCGUAACACGUAAGCUACAGCAACCUUGGCAUGAUCUUCUCCUCCUUGAAGGGUCGACUCAUAUGAUACUUUAUCAUCGUCCAUACUUCGGACCCAUUUACAAGGACGGGAAUUACUUAAGACAUUUUUAUUUGUUGAGAAAGAACUAUAUUUCUGUUUUAUUCUUUAUUUACAAAAAAGGGCUGAUUCUGGUCCGACAUAUAGUAAGUUAUCUAGUAGAAGUUAUUAUCAUCAACAGCGAGAUUCCAAUGACAGUCGGGUCUACCUAAACAGAACGUACCCGGAUUCCAAUCCAACAAAAGACUGUCAACUUAAAGGUAUUUCUCACGCUAUUUUUCCUAACGGUAUUUUUAGGGAAAUAUUUACAACAACGAAAGUUCCCUAAAAUCUUCUUUAAUGAUAGAUAUCCUGUGUACGGUUGGUUUGCCUGAAUCCUCCGUUAGUAUCAAGCGACUCGGAAAGGUUAUCCAAAUUUGAUAUAGCAACUCGUUUUGCUCAAUAUCAUUUUAUACAGCCGUAUAGGUUAUCAAAGAAAACAAAAUCCAAGCUUACAAGCAUGUUAGGUUAGGUUACAAUUUUGGUCCUUUGCGAUACCAGAUGGAGUGACUGGAGAGUCACGUAGUCAGUGAGAAGUAGUCAUCCUUUAUUAUGCCUGCGCUUGACGCGUAUUUCAAAAGCUGAUAUAAUUUCAUUAACGAAAUCUCUUCCAGAUUAUCGUACUGUGAAGCCCUCAAAUGCUGAAGCCGGUGCCUUGACACUGCAGAACAAGUGCACAAGAGAUGUUCCACUGUUUCUCUGGUACCUUGCUCUUGACAUUUCCUGCAUUAUUUGCUAUGUGUCAGCCCCAUCUUGUGGCUUAGAAGCGUAAAAGCAACUUCAUUUUUCCUAUCGCACAAGCAUUAAGAGACAUCCAGUGGUAUGUUGUGGUCAAAAGUCGAAAAUGUAGAUGUUGUCUAGCUCCAGAAUACUCUUUUUUAUCCAUUUCGACGGGUUGUUGUUGUCGUAACGGUUACCCAAACCUUUUUUUUUCUUUGUCUUUACUCAAUAUGCUACCGGCUAGCAACUUGAGGAUUUUGUUGCAGCUAUCCAAUGUAACAACCAAAAUUUUGGGGUUAUUGGCAGUCGGAAUUUUGAUGCCAUCGACAGAAAUGUACAGUUAUAGACUGUACUCCUUCGUCCAAUGGGUGAAUAUGUUCGCUGUGGAUUUGAUUAGGAAGAAUGUUAGGCUCGUAACAGUGGAGAAGCGAGAAAUGUCGAGAAGGUAGCCGUUUAGAACACCACCCUGUGGAAUGCUAUGAUCCCGGGUAAUCGUACCCAACCAGAGAGAUGUGUCCACACAGCAUUCCAUAGAAAACACAACACAAUAUUUCGCAACUUCAAUAAAAAAGAAUGAAAUUUCGCGCUCAAACUUGACACACUUUCAGUACAACUGCUGCACUUGAACUUCUUGACCCAAGUCAGUGGCCAAGAGUGCUGCAGAAGACGCGCAGAUUAACCUUGCGGAGUUGACAGAAAACCCAAAAGUUUGUAGCAAAAAAAUAUGCUUAGGUCAACUAAAGGUGCAGAACUGACUUGAGGCAAACAAGACAAUGAGCACCGUUAUAUUUAAACAGCAGCCGAUGCCAUGGAAUGAGCACUUUCUUGGAACAUUGAAAGCAGAACAGUCCAAACGCUGUAGAGCAACGACAUGAUUUAUCUGAGGGGUCUAUUUGUUAAAACACUGCUUUCAACCGCAAUAGCAUUGUUUAUGCUAAGCUUAAGCCAGGAUGUGGAAGCCGGUACAAUGAAGAUUGCCUACAAGAAACCAAUUUUCGGCAAAUUACACACAACAAAAGAGCGACGCUAUAGAAUAAGGCCAGAUUAUAGCAGAAAAACGACAAUGAGCGCAGACGCCAGCACAAACAGGGGCAUGAGCACGAGCGCGAGUUCGCUGGUGCGCAGCACAUCCUUGACGACCACCAGCAGCACCACGCCCACUUUGCUACAUUCAUUAGCGCCCACUGAGGGGAGUGUAUGGGCAACAACAACACCAAUUCCAGUGAUGGAUAGUAACGAUGCAGAGGUGGCAAUCUUUUCAUCGAAAUUGGAGAAACCCUUGUCAUAUGAAGAUGCUACACAGAGCCAACACGUGAUGAUGCAUAAUUUUGGACACAGCGCCGCUGGUGUGCCGACACUGUUGCCUCACAUAAUGCCAGUGGUGGAGAAUAACACCAUAGAAGCGCCACAACUGUACCACCCUGCACCUGGUGUACAUCACGCAAACUUUGAGGCACCGAUUGAGACACCAGCAAUGAGCCACACCGAAACGCAAGCUGACAUCGAAGAGCUUUUCCCACUGCCACAACCAGAGUUGCUUAUUGCGCCACGCCUAUUGGGUACGCGCAAUACGCACGCUAAAGCUGGUAAAGGUGGCAAACAAACAGCAACAACAACAACGACAGCGCGUAAUCCAACAAUACCAUGCACCUGUGGCAUUUUUCUCGCAUCACAAAUCAAACGCGGCAGCAAUGAGCAACCCGAGGGCGCACCGGUGAUCACCAACGAAUUGGAUCGCACAUUCGCAUGCAAUGCUGUCGGACAGAAACAGUGUCAGACGAAAUGCCUAGAAACUAUAGUGCAGCAUCUGCCCAACUCAGCGAAUAUACUGUGCGCAACGCUAAAUCGCGACUGUCGCAAGGAGCGCGCCUAUCUCUUCAUCAAGAACUGUCGCAAUCAAUGGCACAAUACCAAUUUGGCGGCGGGACGUGAGUACUGCUGUCGCGAUGGCCAACCGUAUGCCUGUCCGAUGGUUUGAAAUUGGAAUUGAGUUUGGAUGUAUGUGUGAGAUUUUUGAAUAAAGAAUUUGAAGA